AAGUUUAGAAACACACAGCAACCUUUUUAAACUCUUUUCUUAAACCCAUUAUUUUGUUGCAUUAACAGAGUGGUUUUGUUUUGUUUCAAGAGUCUAGCCAGCUCAUUCCAGCAGAGUCCCAGUCCCCACAUCUUAUCACAUAAAAUCCCCAUUGGCUCCCUUCACAUUCACAACAUCUCCAACACAAGCAAAUCAUGGCUUCAGCUACUGUUUCUCCCAUUCUCCUUACUCUGUCUGCUCUCUUCCUACUUUUCACUUCUACAGCCUUAGCACAGACAGCUCCCGCCCCUGCCCCCCCUGGCCCCUUAAACUUCACUGGAAUCCUUGAAAAAAAUGGCCAAUACACCUACUUCCUUCGCCUUUUAGCAGAGUCUCAAGUCGGCAGCCAAAUACAAAAUCAGCUCAACAGCACCACCGAAGGCUUUACCGUUUUUGCUCCCACAGAUAAUGCCUUUAACAACCUCAAAUCUGGUACCAUCAACAGUCUCGACGAGCAAAAAAAAGUACAACUAGUUUUGUACCACGUUCUGCCAAAAUACUACUCUUUGAACGACCUUCAAUUUGUUAGCAACCCAGUUAGAACCCAAGCUACUGGUCAAGAUGGCAGGGUUUACGGGCUCAACUUCACUGGCCAGAACAACCAGAUUAAUGUGUCAACAGGGGUAGUUGAGACGCAGAUUAACAAUGCACUAACUCAACAGAAACCUCUGGCAAUUUAUCAAGUGGACAAGGUGUUGUUGCCCGCAGAGUUUUUUGAAGCUAAAUCGCCAGCUGAAGCUCCUUCACCGGCAACAAAGAAAUCAUCAUCAGGGUCUAACUCUAACUCAACCGCAUCAACCGCUGAUGAGCCAGCUUCUGCUGAUAAUUCAGGUUCAAGUGGGAGGAAUAUGGGGCUGGGCUUGGUUGUUGGACUUGCGUUGGCUUGCAUGGGGGCUCUCUCUUGACCAGACAUGAAGUUUGUAUUUUGUGGAGUCGGCAUUUUUUCACAUUUUCUUCCUUUUUCAAACGGAUAAGGGUCUACUGGGGCUUUGAACAUAUACUUCUUAUCCACAUUAUAUGUAUUUCUUUCAUUUAUGUCGAUUUGCUUGUGCAUUUGCUUGGUUGUUAAUAAUACGGGAGUUUCAGAAAA